UGCUCUUGGCAAGCGAGAUGUCAGCCCCCUCGCCAUGUGGAUAAAAGUACUCGCUCAUGCAUGUCACAUCCAAUCAAUGACAUUUCAAGGUGGGGCGGCGCUCAUGCAGACAGGCUGUGUUCAGUGGUAGGGAUUGUUGUGUGACGCUUUUCCUACCCUCUUCUCUUUCUUCACAACUCCGGAAUAUCUUCUCUCUGCUCUUGUUGGGUUUGAGAAACAAGGCAAGAGUGCUAGCUACUCCGCCACUGAUCAUGGCCGGCGAGUUUGAGCUUCCGGUCAUUGAACCAACAGGCAAACCGAGGAUCUCAACCAAUGUUCGAGCUGUUGGCAAAGACUCGAGGACCAACUCCGCUGCGAGUUCUUCUGUCCACUUCUCGCCCAUAUCAUACAAUACCUACAACACGGACUCGACCUUUGUAUCACCAGGCUUACUACGUCAAAAUUCUGUUCGCGAACGACCUGCUCUGCAAGGAUAUCCUAAGCUAGCAAGGUUCAUCGGAGAGCGACCUGGCUUUGCAAUUUUCCGGCGCUUCUCUGAGCUCAAUGCGCGUAAUCUAUUAUAUCUCCAGGCGGAGCUGCUGGAUAUUGAGGAAGAGCUAUAUGAGUUGGAGAUGGAUGAUCAGAGAGAUCAAGAUUUGAGGCAAUUACAAUUCAGCAUGCGAGGCAUACACAAUGGCAGAGUCGCACCAGAAGGAUCCAAAGCGCAUGCUCGAUGGAAGCUGUAUGAAGAUCAGCGGAAGCUGUUGAAAGAAUAUAACGAGAUCUUGAUACAGCAGCACAAACUGUACAGUCUUCCAAGACCAACACAUGGUGAAGUCCGUGGUCUCCGAGAAUUCAUCUGUGACAGCGACAUCCACGGUCACAGCAGCGAUCAAGAAUGGCUACAUCACCCUGAGAAUACUAUCUGGAGUCUAAGUGUAGACGAGAAGGCAAAAUACGAAACGGACCAGCAAAGAGCACGAGCACAUGAAAGAGCAAAGGCCACCCAGACAGAUCUUGUCAGUCUGUCAGGACAUGUCGCUCCAGACUCCUUCACAAACCUGCUAAGAAGCAAAGUCGUACAACGCUUCCAUGUGCUCUUUGGCCAUCGUCUUCUACAAGAAGACGCAGAAUUUGGUGGCCACAUGUAUCGAGGAGAGAUUCUGGAAAAGCUGGCCUUCUACAUCAGUAUUCUCUUUGCCUCUGUACUUCCGACUGGUAGCAUCAUCGCUCUCUACUACAUUCCUGUGUUGAUCUGGAGAUUGAUCUUCAUCGGACUCUGGAGUGCGACAUUCAGUUUUUGUCUGGCCUUCUUUACUUCGGCUACCCGGAUUGAAAUCUUUACUGCGAGUGUGGCAUUGGCCUCGGUACAAGUUGUUUUUGUCGGUACGAAUGGUGUUACUGUGAUCCCUGCUAGUCGAUGAUGGUUUUUUUGAUAUAUGUUUCUACAGGCAGCAACGAAUAAUGAUUCCGGAUGACAUGGUUAUGAGGGUUGGACUCGGAUGGAGGCAUGAGGUAUGGUUACAUGAGCAAUGAUGGUACGAGAUGUGUCGAUAGAAAUGAAUACAAACCGAAUAAUUACGAUCUGCCU